AUGAUGUGGACCGCGGAUGGAGUGCGGAUUCUCAUAACCACAUCGGCCACCAUAGCCAUGAUAACCCUAGUCUGCACCCUCUGGGCCCUUUGCGACCUCCACCCACGUUCCAGCGCGCCGCAAACCCACUACGCCACCCGCCCCAUCAACACCUCUCGCCCACUCCAAGCCGACAGGGUCUUCGCCACCUUCCUCACCUCCCUCAGCGAUGACGCCAACCGUGAAACCGACGACAACUACUUCACCGCCGCGCGCAUACUGACGUACCAAAUGCUGCACGCGCCCGAGACGCGCCUGCGCAACCCCGUCCCCUUCGUCGUGUUUGUCGCGAGCUCGGUGUCCGUCUACAAGCGCGAGCGGCUGGAACGCGACGGGGCGACGGUCAUCGAGCUCGCGGGGCUGACGGCCGACUGGCUCGAGCCGGGAGACUCGCGGUGGUCGGACGUGAUGACGAAGGUGCGGAUGUGGGAGAUGGACCAGUUCGGGCUGAUCGCCUUCAUCGACGCCGACACGGUGCUGCUGCAGCCGGUGGACGGCCUGUUCACGGACGCGGCGGUGCGGGAGUGCAAGACGGGGGAGCAGUACCCACCCGUGGCGGCGGCGGCGGCGGCGGCGAGGACCGACGUCAGGGGGCGGACGUCGAGGGCGGCGGAAGCAGCAGCAGCAGCAGCAGCGCCACCGACAUACACGACGGCGGCGGGGGUGGUCCUCCCGCUCGCGGCGCCGCAGCCCGCGUCGUACGUGAUGGCGGCCAUCACGCAGAUCAGCCAGGACCACGACUUCCCGCCCGUCCGCCGGGGCAAGGACGUGCCGAACCCGACGUACUUCAACGCCGGGCUGAUGGUGUUUCGGCCGUCGCGCGCCAUGUUCGCCUACUACCGCUCGUUUCUGGACAUCCCGGGCAUCUUCGACCCCGCGCUGCCCGAGCAGGGGCUGUUGAACUACGCGCACCAGCACGACGGCGACAUGAUGUGGACCAAGCUGGAUCCGGUGUGGAAUACGCAGUAUCCCAGGGUGAACGACAUCGACCACGGCGUGCGGAUGCUGCAUCAAAAGUGGUGGCAUAAGCCGCUGGAGGAGGGCAUGGCGGAGCUGCUGAGAGCCUGGAGGUGGAAGAUGGAGGGUUUCUACGAGGGGCUUGAUCGUAGAGCCCAAGACCGCGCCUAG